AUGUUCAGCGCACGACAGAAUGUUUCUCAACAAACAAACAAGGCUGGUACACAAAGGACUGGAAUUCACGCGAAAGAACGACGUGAAAAGUGGAGAGACACUGUCGUAAGUUCCUGGGGAAGAAAACUAUCUUUCUCCCCAUCUUUGAUGAAGCAUGAGAAUUCUAAAUACCGGCAUCCAGGAUCCAGUCAUCUACUUUUCCCCGGUUUCGUGAAGCAUAAUAAAUGGCACGAUCGUGACUGGGUAAACAGCAAUCAUUCCUCAAAUUCUGGUCUGGAUCGGGCAUCCAAUGGCUGUUCGCCCAGUGAGAACAACCGCCAUCACGGGGGCUCUGGGAAUAGUUCAAAAGUGUAUCGCAGCAACCCUGUACCUACUGUUCUCAACCGAUUGUAUCAACUGAGCCGACCCCAACUGCUUGGCGGUAACACGAAAGGACUGCUAAAUCACCUCGAGAAUGGAAACCCUCCUUUGUUAAUUCAAACCGAGAGACGCAGUGACGAAUAUUCAAGAAAAAUUGGGGUCACUCCCUACAAAUGGCGCCAUGACAUCGUAAGGGGUUCCAAACGACUUGGAGCUGUAACUACUGAAAGUGUGAGGAAGCGGUCUAAGUUGCUAGAAGAGGCGGCAAAAGACGUAACCCCAUUACGAUCUCAGAGCGACUUGAACAGCUCAUUGCAUGGGAUCAAUCGUGUUCGUCAGGAAGUUAGCUACUGGUUUACAAGGCAUAACGACGGAAGACCUCCCUGGUUCCCUGCUGGAAGGGGCGGUAAUUCGAAAAGUCACCACCGUCAUUUACAACCAACUUUCUCGCGGCUUCGAAUUUCGAACCUCCCAAGCAAGACAGUUGGAUGUCAGUCACUAGAUCCCCCUCAAAGUCCUCAAGGUUCAUCCAGAUGUGCACUUAAUCCCGGUAGACUACGAAGCCUCCUGGCGAUGGCUAGUGCGAGUGUUCGAGUGUUUCCAGGUUCCAGCUUAUCUGUUAUACCUACUGUCACUCGCGGUGGCAACAUGAACCAUCGAAGAGUAAAUAACUAUAUUGUCUCAGCGUCAGCAAGGAAUGCUCAAAAUUCGGAGGUUUCGAACCCGUCUAUGAUCUUGCCGAAGCAGGUUUAUACCAGCCACAAUGAGGCCAGAAAAGGAAAGUUUGCUUCGUCUGUAUCUCGGCUAUCCAUACCAGCCGUAAAUGAGGCUCCAUAUGCAAAGAAAACUGAGGUACAUGAUAAUGGAACCGGAAAAAGGGGUCCAUGUAAACUGGGAAACCGAAGCGGUGCAGGGAAUAAGAUGCCACAAGCUUUUCCCGUAAAAAGAAGCAAUUCGGAUGUAGCUGGCUUACGAACAAACGUUAAAAGCUCAUUAUCCGAUUGUUACACGAACUCGAAGUAUAUUCCACAGCAACAGAAGGCAAUAAACAAAUUCAGACCGCCGGAACAGCCUAGUACAGCUGACCAUAUCAGGUCUAAACAAUCGCCUUCUUCGUUGGAGCUUCAGCAAUCAGCCUUAACCGCUGGGCAAACUAAGAAGGAACCUUCUUAUUCACAAGUGGAACUGUUCAAUCCAUACCAGGAGCGUUUUGCUGGCCAUAACAACUCCGUAUUAUCUACAAGUCAUGCCUUUUCCAAUGAUGCUAUUACCUAUGCUUCGCUGUGGGACAAAGUGGCCAACGGGCACACAAGAUCUGACGAUGAUAGCAUAGACUGCCUGGGUUCUUUGGCUUAUGGAGUCCACUCAGUCCGAGAGCUAGCCAAUUAUGAUGUAGUGAAUCUAAAAGAGGGUGAACUCCGGAAACCGCAACAACGAGUUAACAAUACUUCACAGGAAACGCUAAUCUAUGUGACCGAUCUAUCCGAGUUGUCUGAGACACAACAUUCUAGUUUGGCCAGCAAACUGAAUUCGAUUGUGGGCGCCGAGGAGAUGAGCGUGAACCUAAGUUGGAGGACACACACAGAACUUGAAGCCUGCGAGGUUAGCAAGGCAAGCACUUGGAGCUUCGUUAUGGAGAAGGACAUUAGUCACAUCGACAGUCCUCAACGCGUGGCCACCCUUAAAGGUGAGAGUCCGUUCUUUCUGCUUAGCGAUGGGGACUGCGAUUUGUCCACACGGCUGAACGGUGACAGUCCAGCCCGUCAUAUAAUUCCGGAAUUAGCCAAUCGUUCACGUCGUACGCCGAGCACGAGACCUGUACAGACUUACGUAGUGCGUGAUACGGCGGAACAAAAAGCGGUUGAUUUGGAAAAGAGACAGAUAAACGAGGAUUCUGUUGACGUGUGUUCAGUGCACAAGGAUAAGAACCAACCGCACAGUAGAGGAAGAACAAAUUUCUUUCAAAAGUUGGGGCGGUCUGUGCGGAGUUUUUCCAACAUCCGGAAAAAGGCUUCGAUGUCCAGUUGA